GACCCCAGAGUCCAGAGGAGGAGGGCGAGGAGUGUGCUGCUUUACUUUUCUGCAGUCUUUGCCCUCUUUCUUUGUUGUUGUGUUUUCUUAUAAGAACAAGGAGAAGUUUAUAAGGCCUGAUAAAAGUUUAUGUUGUUGUGAUUAUGAAAUGACCGUGCCGGUAAACGGACUGUGGAUUUCAACACACGCACAGGGACGUUUUUCAAACCGCCUACGUUAACCUCUGCAGAUUCUUUUUGAACGAUGAAGGCGACUGGAAACAGAUUUUAUCUGCGGAUUUAUUUUAUCAGGAGAAAAUGAAGACAGCACAUGUACUUAACUCAUCAAAACACGACAAGUUGUUUACAAAAGGAGACAUGGGGGAAAUGACACUCUGCUAGCACAAGAAGGGGGAUAAAGAGUUUGGACCAUACACUUUGGGGCCCUCUGUUUUCACUUAUCAUUUCUGGAUUAAUUGAGAACAGAUCAGGAACAUCUUUCCUGUCCAACUUUAUGAGGAAAUUCCUGAUGCAUUCAUCAAUGGAGAACUGAGGGUGAGCUGACCCCCUCUCAGCAUGCUGGCUCUGAGGCUGGAGCAAGGCAAGCGAGGGGGUGGUGAGGUCGAUCGCCUGCAGAAAGGGGCCACUGUGGCUUGGCAGUCGGGGAGGCCCUGUUCUAAAGAGCGCCGCGUUAACAUCAGGGAGAAGAUCUCCCAGUGGGAAGGUCGCAGUCAGCAGGACAGCAGCCAGGAUGCCGGGGUCAAAGUACACCCUCCAACUGUAUCCCGGAGUCUGUCUGGAGAUGUGCUGGGCAACGGGUGCUCCAGUGAGGGAUCAAGAGGGGGGCCUCACGCUAAAGCUAGCCUCUCAAAAGCUAAGAGCCUAGAUUUUCGAGAAUCCCCAUCCCCAGCUGGACAGACUGCUGUUGGUAGAAGGUCAGAGCCUUUGCAGAAAUACUCAACAGAACUUUCAACCCCAGGAAACAAACCACUAGCAUCACAAAAAGAAAUGGGGUCUCCCAAAGUGGGGGCUUACACCCCGAACUCUACAGAUAAACAGAUCUACUCUGCUUAUGGCGACCGAAAAACACAGCGUAUCUUGGACUUUGAAGUAGUUCCUAAACCUCUACCUCUAUCAACUGAUGACCAAGACGACAACAUGCCCGCCGGAAACUUCUACACCUCUCGGGGUUUCUGGCGCAAGCUCGAGGGCGACAGACUGCUCUGGGAGAAAGGCAGGGGGUCUUCAGGUGAUCCUGAGCCUCCUCCCAAACCUCAGCGGACAUUCCAGUAUCAGGGAUCCAAAAACAACAAAACCAACACGGAGCACACAAUACGCUGGAACAACAGAUCCCCCAAUAACAACCACUCCAACGUGAGGGGCAGGAGCAGGAGGGUAGCUCAACCACCCAGCUUCCCACCACCUCCGUGUCCAGGAGCAACGACCAACGGGCUUUCAAGGCAUAAAAAGAACAGGAAGUCUUUUGAGUACGAGGAUGCUGCGCGCCUCACGGCGAAGCAAGGCACGCAGGGAGAAGACGACAGGCGCUCAGGCCUUUACCAUGCUUACUCUGAUGACAAUAUCUAUGAGGACAUCGUUUGUGAAGGGACCAGAGAUAACCCCUAUGAGGAUGUCAAGCUGUCUCCAUCGUGUCUCCCUAUUUCAAGGCCUCAGCGCCCUAAGCUGCCUCCUAAACCCCAAACAUUGCACGGAUACUCUGGAAAAGUGGAGAGGAAGAAGUUCCAGACCAUCGCAGCGUCUAAAUCCUCGACCUUCGUAGAAACCCCGAAACCAGCUUCAGCCCGGCGCUCGAGCACUCAGAAAACACAGCGGACGCCUCAGUACGUCAACAAGAUCGAGACCAUCUUUGACGACAAGCGAGGGAGGAAGAGAGUCAAGAACCAGGGCUUAGCAGUGCGAGAAGAGACCAGCGGGACAGAGAGCGAUCCAGAGGACAACACUAAAGCAGGCUCCAGAAGAUCAGUUUACAGACAGUCUACACUGAAACGCCGACCAGGGUACCGCACCCUGGAGAGAGACCUGAUCCAGCUGCAACAGCAGCAGCUCUUCCAGAUCUUUGUGGUCGUGUCGCUAAGAAAAGGCUCCACGGGAAACACCUACUCUCCUGAAAUCACGCAGCAGUUCCCCAAAAUGUUUGAAAAGUCAUCCCGGCUGUCCAGAGAGGCAGAGGAUCAGCUGAAGGUUAUCCCCAAGUUCUGCUUCCCCGACUCCGAGGACUGGAAACCGUCUGCACACAUGCCAAGUGAAACCUUUUCCUUCGUCCUGACCGGAGAGGACGGCAGCCGCUGGUUCUGUUACUGCCGUAAGAUCUUGCCCAGUGGAAAAGGCAAGAGGCUCCCUGAGGUGCACUGCAUUGUCAGCAAACUGGGCUGUUUCAACCUGUUUGCCAAGAUUUUGGAGGAGGUGGAGCGGCGCAGGGAGAUUUCCCCAGCACUGGUUUAUCCUUUUAUGCGUAGCGUGAUGGAGGCCCCGUUUCCAGCCCCUGGACGCACAGUCACAGUGAAGAGCUUCCUCCCCGGCUCCGGGAAUGAGGUUUUGACUCUGUGUCGGCCGGUGGACUCCAGGCUGGAGCACGUGGACUUUGACAGCCUGCUGCAGUGUCUCAGUGUCGGGAAACUCCUGCAGGUGUUUGCCUCCAUCCUGCUCGAGAGGAGGGUCAUCUUCAUCGCUGACAAACUCAGCGUGUUGUCUCGGUGUGGCCAUGCAGUGCUGGCGCUGCUCUACCCCUUCACCUGGCAGCACACCUUUGUACCUGUGCUCCCAGCCAGCAUGCUGGACAUCAGCUGCUCCCCCACCCCGUUCCUCAUCGGGGUGCUGGCCCCCUGCCUGCCAGAGCUGCUGGAGCUGCCCAUCGAGGAGGUGCUCAUAGUGGAUCUGUGUGCAGACAAGUUUGUCAUUCAGCUUGGUGAUGAGGACUGCAUCCUGCCCAGUAAGCUGCAGGCGGCGCUGCUGCAGAUCCUGGAGGAGAGGGAAGAGAUCCUGAGACAGGAGGAUGGAGACAGAGGUGGAGAUCAUCAGGCCGACCUGAGCUCUUUGGUGUCCGAGGGUUUCGUGCGGUUAUUCGUGGAGCUGGUGGGCCACUAUCCUCUCCACAUGGUCGAGUCCUCCAACGGGAGCAGGGAGCUACAGCGCGACAGCUUCCGCAAAUCUCACCCCUCCCGUGGAGUCCGCCAGUUCCUGCAGCUCUUCAUGGAAACUCAGAUGUUUGCAGGAUUCAUUCAGGACAAAGAGCUGCGCAAGGGCGUGGGCAGAGGUCUCUUUGAGUUCAGAGUGGCCGAGUAUAUGGAUACGUACCCUGAGCCAGAGCCGAGCGGUGUGAACAAGUUUCUAAAAGGACUGGGAAACAAGAUGAAGCUCCUACAAAUUAAAUGAAACUCUCCCCAGCUUUUAAAAGACUUUGUAAUUAAAAACAGAAUACCUGCUGCUGCUGGACUCGUUGAGGAAAUGAAUGUGGGUGAGAGGCCGGCGUCCGGAUGUGAACAGGACAGCGAGGAGCGGACCCGCCUCAUCUUUGAGUCAUGUUUUAAAAGAAAUGCACUUCUUAUCGGACCAGAACUGGAAACUAUCAUUGAGGUGUAUUCCCGUCACUGAAGCCUUCAGAAGGAGUCUGCAAAAGUACAAGAAGACAUUCCUUAACCUCAGCCUGAUCAACCAGUGGACGUAAAGGUUCUUAGUAUAGAAACAUGUUUACAUGCAUGGCUCGACGUUUACACCAUCUCCUUCACCACGUGUGCAUUUUUAGUGCAAAAGCAAGUUUGCCACAUUUCAAAUGUGUAAAUACUUUUAAAGAAUAAUGUGCAUUGUUCCAACCUGACGCCUGUUUUUACAUUUUAAUGUAAAAUGUAUCAUUCCUCAGCACAAACUGUACAAAUGUUUUGUUUACCGUUUUUAUUGAAACAUUCUUUGUGUUUGAAUUCUCAGAUAAACCUCUUCAGUCAAAAUAAGAAUUUAGAUUUGGAGAAGAAAGGCUAUCAUCCUUGUGUUUGUGACUUUCUCCGAGUUAACUCGAGUUGUUGAUACUUUUUUUAUGUUUUGCACAAUUUUGAGAACCAGUGUACAGUAUUCGGAGUAUUUUUAUACUAAAGCAUGAUAUGUCCUACAAACGCUACUUUUUAAAUAAAGGGCUCCAAAGGACAGU